AUGCGCGCAUUUGGGGGAUCGUAUGCUGUUACCUGUGCGAAAGCCGGGUCGGCCGCUGAGCACUUGUCCUCAUCCGCCGGGCAAGUCGUGCCAAUUCCGCCUAGUAAGACUAACAGCACGCCGGCCAUCGUCAAGGCAGAGCCAUCGGACAAUCCACCGCUAUCGCCUACGAAACAAGCGUCAUUUCGAAUUCAGAAGCCGACAACAAAGCCAAGCCGAAAACAAUCUACUGAUGCUUCCGCCUCCGCUCUACAGCGCAUGAACUCUAACAGCUUGAACUUGAUUGGCGCGAGUAGUGUCUUACCGGCAUCUCCCGCAAACGUUAUCACUUCCUCCGCUGAAUAUACGAAUUACCUCCCGCCUUUGCAAAAUGGUACUCACCAGUAUCCCUCCUAUCCGCAGAUAGCUUCUCGUCUAGACAGGCCACUAGACUCCUCUCUAUUUGCCCUAAACAACGGCUUGUCGAAUAUACCGCCAACACAAUCUUCCCGAAACGGAGUUCCAGACCGGUCGAAUAUUUCAACGGUUAGUUCAGAGACGAUGACAUCUGGUGCAUCCAGCUCGCCCUACCACACGCCGACUUCCAGCACUGGAGAUUCUUCGCAAGAACCACCCUUGGAACAAACCGGAAGCUGCUGUUCUCAGAGGGUACAACAACCUCCACAGAUACCAGCCCACAUUCAAUUCCAGAGCCAACCUCACGCCGGACCUCAGCAGUCCUCGAAUAUGGUGGGCUAUAUACCCCAGAUCCCCACGGGCAACGGCUCUAUGACAGCGCAUUUUCCGCCGCAAGUGUCGACUGAACAACAAAUAUAUCCGAUGGGCCACUUCCAACCAGCCCUAUACUCAGACCAGGUCCCAUUUGGGACGUACCAUUUCCCGCUACAGCAAUGUCAAUGGGAGCAGUUAGUAGCAAAUCUUUUGCCUCAGGUCGACCCAACUGGAGGUGCCCCCGGUUCCUAUACGAGUCACGUAUGCCACUGUGGUCCUGGAUGCGACUGCCUUGGAUGUCCUGCCCACCCGUACAACCAAGCAACGUGCCAGUAUAUUCGCGAUGCCAUGGAUUUCCAGGAAGAGCCCGUGAACGGGAAGAUUGAUACGGGCAAUUCAAUACCGGACCCGCCGCUAGCGGUAGGCGAAGCAUCACCACCACCGACGCACAGCCCAGCCGACACGGAGUCGCCAGGCGCGAACGAUCUAAAUCUAUCGGCCAGCGAAUUUAUCUUCGUUGAUUACGGUCACGGGAAUUGCGGAUGUGGCGAUGACUGCGCGUGUGUUAAUUGUAUGAUUCACCAAGACCCACUAGACGCAAAGAUGCACGGAGGGUCUCAGGAUAAGACCCCGAACUAA